GGGGGCGAGUGGCGGCCGCAGCAAUCGAGUCCCGGAAUCAUGGCUACGGACUGGCUGGGGAGCAUCGUGUCCAUCAACUGCGGAGAGAGCCUGGGCGUCUACCAGGGGCGAGUGUCCGCUGUGGACCAGGUCAGCCAGACCAUCUCCCUGACCCGGCCCUUCCACAAUGGGGUCAAGUGCCUCGUGCCAGAAGUCACCUUCAGGGCAGGUGACAUUACUGAGCUGAAGAUCCUGGAGAUCCCAGGCCCAGGGGACAGCAGGCCGUGUGGGGAUCUGCAACAAACAGAACUGGGCAUCCCGGGGGUCGGCUGCCAGGUGGGGCCCAGCCAGAACGGCACCGGCAAGAUGCUAAAGAAACCCAUCUCCAGCAGCGCCCCGCAGAACAUCCCCAGGAGGACGGACGUGAAGAGCCAGGACAUCAUCAUCUCCCCCCAGCAGCAGUGCUCCAAGAGCUACAUGGAUCGGCACGUGGAAACCCUGACUCAGUCCAAAGGCUUUCGGCGUAGGCACAAUUCCUGGUCGUCCAGCAGCCGCCAUCCAAACCAGGUGACUCCAAAGAAGAGCGGCCUGAAGAACGGGCAGAUGAAGAGCAAAGAUGAUGAGUGCUUCGGGGAUGACAUCGACGAAAUCCCGGACACGGAUUUCGAUUUUGAAGGGAACCUGGCCCUUUUCGACAAGGCAGCUGUGUUUGAAGAGAUUGAGACUUACGAGCGGAGGAGCGGCACCCGUUCCCGUGGGACCCCAAGCGAGAAGCCGGCUCGCUAUCGGCACGACGAGAACAUCCUGGAGUCGGAGCCCAUAGUCUACAGACGGAUUGUCGUACCCCAGAACGCUAACAAAGAGUUCUGCACUGACUCCGGGCUGGUGGUUCCGAGCGUGUCGUACGAGCUGCACAAAAAGCUGCUCUCGGUGGCCGAGAAGCACGGGCUGACUCUGGAGCGCAGGCUGGAGAUGACGGGCGUGUGCGCAAGUCAGAUGGCGCUCAGCCUCCUCGGGGGACCCAACAGGCUGAACCCGAAGAACGUGCACCAGCGGCCCACGGUGGCCCUGCUGUGCGGCCCCCACGUCAAGGGGGCGCAGGGCAUCAGCUGCGGGCGGCACCUCUCCAAUCACGACGUCCACGUCAUCCUCUUCCUGCCCAACUUCGUCAAGAUGCUGGAGUCCAUCACCAACGAGCUGAGCCUCUUCAGCAAGACGCAGGGCCAGCAGGUCUCCAGUGUCAAAGAUCUCCCAGAUACCCCUGUUGACCUAGUGAUCAACUGCCUGGAUUGUCACGAAAAUGCCUUUCUGAGAGAUCAGCCUUGGUACAAAGCGGUUGUGGACUGGGCCAACCAGAACCGGGCACCGGUCCUCAGCAUAGACCCUCCGAUAAACGAAAUGGAGCAGGGCAUCGAUGCCAAGUGGUCGCUGGCCUUGGGCCUGCCCCUGCCGCUGGGCGAGAGGGCAGGGCGCGUGUACCUCUGUGACAUUGGCAUUCCCCAGAAGGUCUUUCAGGAGGUGGGAAUAAACUACCACUCGCCCUUCGGCUGCAAAUUUGUCAUCCCCCUGCACUCCACUUAGAGCCCAUCCAGCCACACGGAUCUGAAGGGAGAGAAGAGAGAAGGAUGUCUGUCAAAUAAGCUGUCUGGUGGAUCCUGACUAGUAAACUCGUGACGCCUUAAGGAUGUGAAGUUCUGGAGAGUUUCCUUCCAGAAGAAAAGUUGUGUGUUUAAAAAAAAAAAAAUAGUCAAAGUGAAAGAAAAAAAAAGAAGGAA